UGGCCGACUCUCCUCUUCAAAGGGGCGGAAAUCGGAGAUUUCUGUAUUUCACAAUUUCUCAUUCUCUGAACUACUCAAAGAUAUUAAAUGAAAAAAUAAGCAAAAAAAGACCAAAAAUUACAACAAAUCUAUAUCGAACUUGAACACUUCUGCUUCAGCUGUUUAUAGCAAUUUGAUUGGAUUCUUAAACGAAACCCUAAAAGUUUAUAAGUCGGUGAUUCAACGGUGAAUAUGGAUAUACGCUUUCCCUAUUCGCCGGCGGAGGUGGCAAAGGUCCGAGUGGUCCAAUUUGGCAUCCUCAGUCCCGAUGAAAUCAGGCAAAUGUCUGUGGUUCACAUAGAGCAUAGUGAGACGACGGAAAGAGGUAAGCCGAAACCAGGGGGAUUGAGUGACCCACGUCUGGGGACCAUUGAUCGGAAGAUGAAGUGCGAGACAUGUAUGGCGAGCAUGGCAGAGUGCCCUGGACACUUUGGUCACCUUGAGCUUGCGAAGCCCAUGUUUCAUAUUGGCUUCUUGAAGACUGUGCUCAGCAUCAUGCGAUGUGUUUGCUUCAAUUGCUCCAAAAUAUUAGCUGAUGAGAGAUUGACUGUGAGCUCCAUUAACUGCCAUGGAAACAAUAAUGAAAUACACAAAGUAAGUAUUGGACAUCAUUUUACAAAUGAAAUCAUGACUUCAUUAAGCAUUCACACACUGAAGGAAGAGGAAGAGCUUCCAUUUAUUAACAAGAUGAUGAAUAAUAGUCAGCAUAGGUAUGUUAGUAUAGGAGUACCAUGGAGUAUUGCACUGAAUCUCACCUAUCCAGAAACAGUUACUCCUUACAACAUUGAAAGGUUGAAAGAGCUUGUGGAAUAUGGGCCUCAUCCUCCUCCAGGUAAAACUGGGGCGAAGUAUAUAAUUAGGGAUGAUGGACAAAGGCUUGAUCUACGGUACUUGAAGAAAAGCAGUGAUCAACAUCUAGAACUUGGAUAUAAGGUGGAACGGCAUUUGAAUGAUGGGGACUUUGUCCUGUUCAAUCGGCAACCAAGUCUCCACAAAAUGUCAAUAAUGGGGCAUCGAAUCAAGAUCAUGCCUUAUUCAACCUUCCGCCUAAACUUGUCUGUUACUUCGCCCUACAAUGCUGAUUUUGAUGGGGAUGAAAUGAACAUGCAUGUUCCCCAGUCAUUUGAAACUAGAGCUGAAGUGCUUGAACUGAUGUUGGUUCCUAAAUGCAUUGUGUCACCUCAAUCAAAUCGGCCUGUAAUGGGGAUUGUCCAAGAUACACUUUUAGGGUGCCGGAAAAUUACCAAAAGAGAUACAUUUAUUGAGAAAGAUGUUUUCAUGAACAUUUUGAUGUGGUGGGAGGAUUUUGAUGGCAAAGUACCAGCUCCAGCAAUUUUAAAACCUAGGCCUCUUUGGACUGGAAAACAAGUUUUCAAUCUAAUAAUUCCAAGACAGAUAAAUCUCCUGAGAUAUGCAGCAUGGCAUCAAGAAUCUGAAAAAGGAUUCAUAACUCCGGGGGACACUCAAGUUCGAAUAGAGAAAGGAGAGUUACUUUCUGGCACCCUAUGCAAGAAGACACUUGGGACUUCCACUGGAAGUCUUAUACAUGUUAUUUGGGAGGAAGUUGGUCCAGAUGCUGCUCGGAAGUUUCUGGGACAUACACAAUGGCUGGUCAAUUAUUGGCUUUUGCAGAAUGCUUUUAGCAUUGGAAUUGGAGAUACAAUUGCUGAUGCUUCAACAAUGGAGAGAAUUAAUGAAACCAUUUCAAAUGCAAAGAAUGAGGUGAAGGAACUUAUCAGGUCUGCGCAGGAAAAGCAGUUGGAGGCUGAACCUGGUCGAACAAUGAUGGAAUCAUUUGAAAACAGAGUGAACCAGGUGUUGAAUAAGGCCCGUGAUGAUGCUGGAAGCAGUGCACAGAAGAGCUUGUCGGAGAGUAACAAUCUUAAGGCUAUGGUAACUGCAGGAUCUAAGGGAAGCUUUAUAAACAUAUCACAAAUGACUGCUUGUGUGGGGCAGCAGAAUGUUGAAGGUAAACGAAUUCCUUUUGGAUUCAUAGACCGGACAUUGCCCCACUUCACUAAAGAUGAUUAUGGUCCAGAGAGUCGUGGUUUUGUGGAGAACUCGUAUUUAAGAGGGUUGACCCCUCAAGAGUUCUUCUUCCAUGCUAUGGGUGGUAGGGAAGGUCUGAUAGAUACUGCUGUGAAAACUUCUGAGACUGGAUACAUACAGAGGCGAUUGGUAAAGGCCAUGGAGGAUAUCAUGGUUAAGUAUGAUGGGACUGUCAGGAACUCUUUGGGGGAUGUUAUUCAGUUUCUUUACGGGGAAGAUGGUAUGGAUUCUGUCUGGAUUGAAUCACAGCCAUUGGAAUCUUUGAAGUUAAAGAAAUCAAAUUUCAAUAACAUGUAUAGAUAUGAGAUUGAUGAUCCAGAUUGGAAUCCUAGUUACAUGUUGCCUGAAGCUGUGGAAGAUCUAAAAACAAUCCGUGAAAUUCGCAGCGUGUUCGAUGCAGAGGUUCAGAAACUUGAAGUGGAUAGAUACCAACUUGCGACGGAGAUUGCGACAACAGGUGACAACUCUUGGCCUCUGCCUGUAAAUAUCAAGAGGCUUGUGUUAAAUGCACAAAAGACCUUUAAAGUUGACUUUAGAAGGCCUUCUGAUAUGCACCCAAUGGAGAUCGUGGAAGCUGUUGAUAAGCUGCAAGAAAGGCUUAAGGUGGUUGUCGGUGAUGAUUACCUGAGUAUGGAAGCUCAGAAGAAUGCCACACUUUUUUUCAAUAUAUUAUUGCGCAGUGCUUUGGCUAGUAAGAGAGUUUUAAAGGAAUACAGACUUACUCGUGAAGCUUUUGACUGGGUUAUUGGUGAGAUAGAAUCUCGCUUCUUGCAGUCACUUGUAGCAUCUGGGGAAAUGAUUGGUUGUGUUGCUGCGCAAUCAAUUGGUGAGCCUGCGACUCAAAUGACUCUUAAUACUUUUCACUAUGCUGGUGUGAGUGCCAAAAAUGUUACUCUAGGUGUUCCGCGGUUGAGGGAGAUUAUUAACGUUGCUAAGAAAAUAAAAACACCAUCGCUGUCUGUAUACUUGAAGCCUGAAGUAGGUAAAACAAAGGAGAGGGCCAAAAAUGUCCAGUGUGCUCUAGAAUACACAACUUUACGGAGUGUUACACAAGCUACAGAAGUAUGGUAUGACCCUGAUCCCAUGAGCACCAUUAUUGAGGAAGACGUUGAAUUUGUGAAGUCCUAUUAUGAGAUGCCUGAUGAAGAGAUUGACCCUGACAAGAUCUCUCCCUGGUUGCUUCGAAUAGAAUUAAAUCGAGAGAUGAUGGUAGAUAAGAAGCUCAGCAUGGCAGACAUAGCAGAAAAGAUUAAUCUUGAAUUCGAUGACGAUCUCACGUGCAUAUUUAAUGAUGAUAAUGCUGAGAAACUGAUCCUCCGUAUUCGUAUUAUGAAUGAUGAAGCUCCUAAGGGUGAGCUGCAGGAUGAAUCAGCCGAGGAUGAUGUGUUCCUCAAAAAGAUUGAAAGUAACAUGUUAACAGAAAUGGCUCUCCGAGGCAUUCCAGAUAUUAAUAAGGUGUUCAUAAAAAACAGUAAACUAAAUAAAUUUGAUGAAACUGAAGGAUUUAAGGCAGAGAAUGAGUGGAUGUUGGAUACUGAAGGUGUUAAUCUUUUGGCUGUCAUAUGUCACGAAGAUGUUGAUGCGAGGAGGACCACAAGUAAUCACUUAAUUGAAGUUAUCGAAGUUCUUGGAAUUGAGGCAGUUCGAAAAGCCUUACUGGAUGAGCUGCGUGUUGUCAUAUCUUUUGAUGGAUCUUAUGUAAAUUACCGGCAUUUGGCAAUAUUGUGUGAUACCAUGACAUAUCGUGGUCAUUUGAUGGCCAUCACCCGUCACGGGAUUAAUCGCAAUGAUACUGGGCCCAUGAUGAGAUGCUCGUUUGAAGAAACUGUUGACAUUCUACUUGAUGCCGCUGUCUUUGCUGAAACAGAUUACCUGAGGGGUGUCACUGAAAAUAUAAUGUUAGGUCAGCUUGCACCAAUUGGCACAGGAGACUGCUCCUUGUUGCUGAAUGAGGAGAUGUUGAAACAAGCCAUUGAGAUCCCUCUCCCGAGCUACAUGGAAGGGGGCAUGGAUUUUGGCAUGACUCCUGCCCGUUCACCACAUUCUGGAACACCAUAUCACGAUGGCAUGAUGUCUCCAAGUUAUCUACUGAGUCCAAAUCUGCGGUUAUCUCCUGUUACAGAUGCUCAAUUUUCUCCUUACGCUGGUGGAAUGGCUUUUUCACCGACAUCGUCUCCAGGCUACAGCCCAUCAUCUCCUGGAUACAGUCCAUCCUCCCCUGGAUAUAGCCCCACCUCCCCCGGUUAUAGCCCCACUUCCCCUGGUUAUAGUCCCACUUCCCCGACCUAUAGCCCUAGUUCUCCUGGAUAUAGCCCAACAAGUCCUGCAUAUUCUCCUACAAGUCCAUCGUAUUCACCAACUUCUCCCAGUUACAGCCCAACAUCACCUAGUUACAGCCCAACGUCGCCAAGUUACAGCCCUACAUCUCCAAGUUACAGCCCUACUUCUCCUGCGUACAGCCCAACUUCCCCAGCAUACAGCCCGACUUCUCCUGCGUACAGCCCGACUUCUCCGUCAUACAGUCCGACUUCUCCAUCGUAUAGUCCAACUUCUCCAUCGUACAGCCCCACCUCUCCGUCAUACAGUCCAACUUCUCCAUCAUACAGCCCCACCUCACCUGCAUAUAGCCCAACCUCUCCUGGAUAUAGCCCCACCUCCCCCAGUUACAGCCCUACCUCUCCAAGUUACAGCCCUACAUCACCGAGUUACAAUCCUACAUCACCGAGUUACAAUCCCUCAGCCAGAUACAGCCCUUCCCUAGCAUACUCGCCUACUAGUCCAAAGAUCACACCUUCUAGUCCGUACAGUCCCUCAUCUCCAAGUUACAGCCCGACAUCGCCUUCAUACUCUCCCACAUCUCCGACGUAUUCUCCUUCUAGUCCAACAUAUAGUCCAAGCAGCCCAUAUAACUCCGGGGCAAGUCCGGACUAUACUCCUAGUUCUCCACCAUACAGUCCAAGUGGAGGAUACUCACCUAGUGCACCUGGGUAUUCCCCGUCUACAACCAGCCAAUACAGUCCCCGUGUUAGUGAGAGAGACGACAAAAGUGUUCGGAAUGAUAAGGGUCGCUGAACCGCAUACCUGUGCCAUAGACCAAGAUGGAGAACAAAGUUUCUAUUCCUGAUAUCUUGACUUCUCUGCAGUGUUUUAGAAAGAUGCCAGCUAAUAAUUGAUCGUUGCCUUGUGGAUCUGGUUUAUCGUGUACUGAAUUUGAUGUGGUUGCACAUUCUAAAUUAGGUAGUGGUACAUUUAAUCAUGGACGUGCUUCUGCUGGAAAUUGAACGAUUUGGUUGUCGAUGUAACCAUAAAAGAAUGUGAAAUUAGAGAAACAGAGUCGAUGUCGAUAUAAAAUGUAAGUUAGGCUGUCGAAAGGUAAUAUCCAGAAUGGUGUGUUCAUGAAUAGGGUUAACUCCCUGUUCCGAUUGGUCAAGUUCGUUAGCUGUGUUGAUUUUGAAAGCACCCAAUCUAAUGAAUCAUAUCCUUCUGUCCCUGUAAUUUUAAAAUAGAUACCCGGUGGAUUGCUCAAAUUUGCGAUGUUUUGUAGAACUUCUAUUCUCUAUAAACUGAAUCUAGAAUUUUGUAUUGUUCCUUGUA